UCAGACUUGAAAUGCCUAUCAUGCAUUCACAAAAUGAUCGCCGUUAGAUAUUAUUUGUCAGAAAAAUAAGAUCUAGAUUUAGAGUUAAAUUUCGUAUUUUAUAUCAUUUUCAUUGCAAUUAUAUUAGAGUCUACAUUAAAUUUAGAUCUAUGUCUACAUUAGAUCUACUUAAAGUGAAAAAAAUAGUCGCAUAGUAAUAAUACAAACUAAAGAAAAAAAAAAAGAUCUCGAAAUUUGAAGUUUAUAAAAAGGUUGACAUCACCUGAUAUCAACAAAACCAUGGCGGCCCUCAUAGACGCCGUCAAUCGGUUGUUAGCCUCAGGAGAACAUAAGCAUAUAUUGUCUGUCAUAAAGGGCUUUCGAAAUGGAGCUGUAUAUGGAGCUAAGAUUCGCUUUCCACAUGCACUUGUGAUGACAUUCCUAUUCAGAAAUGGCAGUCUUAAGGACAAAAUCUUAGCAAUCUUUGAAGCCACUUACACACAUUCAAGGAAUCUGGCAUUAUUUGUUUUUGCUUUUAAAGGUUUAACCUCCACACUGUCAUGGGGUGAGUCCAAGUCCCAUCAGCUUCAUGCAUUUCUCUCAGCUUUUUGUGCUGGCUUUGUUAUUUUUGGCAAAUACAACAAGGUGAAUGAACAGAUCAACCUGUACCUUAUGUCUCGAGUGAUCUACGGCCUGGCCAAACUUUUUGUACAGAAGAAAAUUGUCCCUGAGCCCAAAACCAAUGUAUUCCCUUGGUUUGCUGCUAUUAUGUGGGGUUUGACUCUCUGGCUUUUUGAAUAUCAACAAACUUGUCUGCAGCCGUCCUUGGUCGCAUCCAUGACCUAUAUAUAUAAAGACAGUGAGAAGUGGACAAGUCUUCGAGAUUUUUUACUGUAUAAUGAGUAGAUCUUGUGUGAUAUUAUUUAAUUAUUGAAAGAUGUUUUGUAAUAUUCUAUGACUGCCACUUAUAAAUAGAAACUUCUUGUUGAUGUAAAGAGAAACACAGAAAAUAUUUGAAGGUUUUCUUUGGUCAAGGUUGCAUCCUAAUUCAACUUUUGAGUCUCUUUAUAAAUAGUACUUUAUAAUGGCCUUAUUAGUACAUUUGAAUAUCUUUUUUUAAAAAAAUUGCUUUGUAUU